UUCCCCACUCACACCCGGAGUCGCAAGACAGACUGAAGCAUCUCACAAACGGACUAGAACAACCCAGGCAAAAUGGUGAAAGUUGGUAUCAAUGGAUUCGGCCGCAUUGGUCGUCUGGUGACCAGAGCUGGUUUCUGCUCCAAGAAGGUGGAGAUUGUGGCCAUCAAUGACCCUUUCAUCGACCUGGAGUACAUGGUCUACAUGUUCAAGUACGACUCUACCCACGGUCGCUUCCAUGGUGAGGUCAAGAUUGAGGGUGACAAGCUGGUCAUCGAUGGACAAAAAAUCACAGUUUUCCACGAGAGGGACCCCGCCAACAUCAAAUGGGGUGACGCUGGUGCCGAGUACGUGGUUGAGUCCACUGGUGUCUUCACCACCAUUGAGAAGGCCUCUACUCACUUGAAGGGCGGCGCCAAGAGAGUCAUCAUCUCUGCACCCAGUGCCGAUGCUCCCAUGUUUGUCAUGGGUGUCAACCACGAGAAGUACGACAACUCCCUCAAGGUUGUCAGCAAUGCUUCCUGCACAACCAACUGCCUGGCCCCCCUGGCCAAGGUCAUCAAUGACAACUUUGGCAUCAUUGAGGGCCUGAUGAGCACAGUUCAUGCCAUCACUGCCACCCAGAAGACAGUCGACGGACCCUCCGGCAAGCUGUGGAGGGACGGCCGCGGUGCCAGCCAGAACAUCAUCCCCGCUUCAACCGGUGCUGCCAAAGCUGUUGGCAAGGUCAUUCCUGAGCUCAACGGCAAGCUGACUGGCAUGGCCUUCCGUGUCCCCACCCCCAACGUGUCAGUGGUCGAUCUGACAGUCCGUCUGGAGAAACCCGCCAAAUAUGAAGACAUCAAGAAGGUUGUGAAGGCCGCAGCUGAUGGACCCAUGAAGGGCAUUCUGGGAUACACAGAUCACCAGGUCGUCUCCACAGACUUCAACGGCGACACUCACUCCUCCAUCUUUGAUGCUGGCGCUGGCAUCGCCCUCAACGACCACUUUGUCAAGCUGGUGUCAUGGUACGACAACGAAUUUGCCUACAGCAACCGUGUCUGCGACCUGAUGGCCCACAUGGCCUCCAAGGAGUAAACCAGCCAGCCGAUCAACUGUCACUGCACUAUGCCACAUCACCCACAGUCUCCUGAAUCCAGAGUUAUACAUUUUACAAGUACACAUUGUAUUAUCUACAACUCUGCCUGGUUUCCAUCUGAUGAUCGACCCCCAUCAUACAUCUGAGAACAAAACAAAGGGUUAAAUUAGUGACCAAUUACUUUUUUUUAAAAAUUUGUUAAAUUCCCUGUUCUGUUCUUGUGUGAGAUGGUGUGAAAGUCUGUCUGUAGCACUUAGGUGCUGCAGUCAAUGGAAUAAAGUCCUGUUUGUGAGA